CAUCUGCAGCUUAUAGUGGCUCAUUACUGAUGAAAUCACUGCAGUGGAAAGUCAGCUCAUAUGGGUGUUCUUAGUGCAGCUCCAAGUCCCCCUCGAGUGCUUUUAUUCCUAAAGGUUCGACGUGACAGCGGAGUACAAAAACAUCUGUGCAAAAACAUGCCCCCUCCUCUUUUAUUUAUUUAUUUUUUGUUGUUUUUCACUCCAAUUUGAUGAUGUGAAAUAUUUACAAAGAGUUUGCAUAGCGUCUGUUUGACGUUAGUUCUUGUGGGAAAGGCAGUUCACACCACUCUAGAAGUCCCAGGCUGCAGAGAUUAGCGGGGAAGGAGAAGAAAGGAAAAAAGAAAACCUGUAUUAGGCAUUUGGGAACAGUUAGCUCAGACUUCCUGCAGGAAUUGGACAUCAUGUGGUGAAAUAACUGGGCAUUCGUUUGAACACAUUCAUAUAUUUGCAUCACCAGAAAGUGCAGAUGUAUGGUUCUCAUUAGACAGUGCUGUGACUGGGGUGAGCCUGAUACUGUGUCCACUGGCUUUGUUAUUGCAUAUUUGUGCUGCAGCAGCAGGCUACACCCAAGCCCAGGCAUUAAUAACACCACCCUGAGUCAGGGACACUGCUUCUAUCAGAAAAAUGAAGUUUACUUUUAUUGCCUUGAAUGUUGUUUGGGGCACAAAGUUUCUUCUGAAGUCUGCAAACUUUAGCUUAGAAAGCAGAUUAUUUUACUGGUGGGUGUCAUCUGUUUCUGCCUGAGUUGCUGUUCCUCUCAGACCCCAGCCAGAGACUUGUGUACUUUGGCACGCGCUGGGAAUGACGUCGACAGGCGUGGUAAUAACAAUGAGAACAACAUAAAUCCGGAUCAUACAGUGAAAAGGCAAGAAAAACGGGUGGGAUGUGAACGUAAAUAUGAAAUAUGUGAAACUUCCAUGGCUUAAGUGGUUUAGAUGAAACUUUCACUUGAAACACGUGAAGCUGCGCGCGGGGCUUCCUGUGCGUAGCGAGAGAGAGAGAGAGAGAGCAGAUAGGAAAUGACUCAUAGGAGUUGAACUGUUUAGCGUGGGUGUGUGCGUUAUUAAAGCAAGGCGCAGACUCCUCCGCAUGACUCACUCUCUGAUGCUCGCUUUUCCAUGCUGAAAAUCCAGCACGGAUUGUUAAUCAGAUGAACUUUUGGGAACCGUGGUGCCGACAGCGAGCAGCUCUCCAUCCGCGUCCAGCAUGGUUUCCACCGCUCUUUGCGCACCCUGCGUCUUUAUUCUAGCGGCUCUGACCAGUCUCCAUGGCUUGAGCGCAGAGAUAAGUCAGUGUCACAGCUCAGAGUUCUGGAACUCAGAUCUGGGAGUUUGCGUGCCUUGUGAUUCCUGCAAGCAGUACCCAAAGACCCCGUCAUGCAACACAUGCAAGUCUGUGGACAAGACUUCUGAUGUGUGGAAAUUGGCGGCGAUAACUAGUUUUUCAGUGUUGGCCGUCGUUCUCAUCAGCGCUGCGCUGAUCGUCUGUGUCAUGGUGCAUCGAAGCAAGUCACACAAACUACCUCUACGGGAACCCAUUGAAGAGACAGCGGGGCCGCUUUAUCAAGCUUAAACAGCUGACCUCAUCUGUGGAAACAGAAACAAGGAGCCAAACGGAGGAACCUCUGGGUGAUGAGCUGUGCACCUGAACUUUACGGCACAAUCUGACCAGAAUCAGACCUUUUUAAUUGAAUAGACUUAGGUGAAGAGGUCUGCUCCCUUCUCAAGCUUGGUGAGGGCACGCCGGUCAACACGGGACUUGCGAAGAGCAGCUUUUGAACCUUCGUAGGUAUAGAAACAACCUUACUAGUUGUUUAGAGUUCCAGUGCCUUUGUUUUCAUUUAACUGAGUCUGAAGGAUGCCUGUGGGUCCAAUGAUGUUUGAUUCCGUUAAAACUGCAGCUUGUGACGGGGGUUGUGCUGUUUCCCAGCAGGACUUUAGUGAAUGUAACACGGUGGAGGCUUUGAGCCGAGCUGCAGUUUGACCCGGCGGGUUCAAACUGGCUCCAUCGCCCGCUUUUACCACAGAUAGCAGCAUCUAAAAGUACAUGUGAGGAAGACCUUACGGUGAGGUACAUUAAGGCCGUUUGAAUGUAGCUCGCUUCAGAUGAAAUGUAUUCUCUGUCCCUGCCAGAAAUGUCCCCGUACCUGGUCUCUUGAGCAGCUGAUGCAGCGAUGAAGCUGCUGGAAAAGGGAACAAACUACUCAUGCACUGUUACUGUGUCUCCUGAGACCAACACCUUCUGUCUUUCAGGUCAUUCCCUUAGUGCAUUUUUAAUAUUUGUAGUUACCAAGUUUUAGAGGAGGUGGAGUUUUGUUUGGUGCAGCCGCAGCAUUCACAUCACCGCGUCUGUGCUUAUAGGACAGGACGCUUGAAACACUAGACAUACGAUCCCAAACUGCUAACAUGUGGGAAUGCUGCGAGGAAUGUUCUGUAGAGAAGAACAGAACCUACAGGGAUUUAGUGGGAACGUUACAAUCGCGGUAUUUGCUGUUGAACUUUGACCUCCAAGGUGAAACAAAUGCUCGUCAUUGUGAGGUUGUUUGUAGUUUUACAGCAGAAGACAUGUUGGACUGGGUUUCUUUUCUUUUUCCUUACAGACUUCCUAACAAACAUUCACAAAAAAACAUGUUUCAGGUCUUUUUCUUUUAAAACUUGAGCAGCAUGGGGGAACAUUUCACAUACAAAUACGUUUGUUUAUUUAGAUGUUUAUAUUAUUUAUUUUGAAGCAUCUUGCAGUGUAGCAAUGCAUCGACUGUGAGUGGACAAGCACAAUUCAAAGGGACGUGAAGAUUUUUGUAAAACUUCCACCAGGCCAGCCAUGAUGAUACUGAGCAAUGACUAACAUUUCCUGCCUUUAUUUCCUUUAGCCUCCUUUGUGAUGUUUUAUUUUACGUACGUGUACUACCUUUCCCCUCUAACUUCAGACCUAUAAACUGCUUCUUGUAGCAAAUAUAUUUUCACAAUAAAACUGACAAUUUCCA